UCUCAGCAGGGUGUUUUUCCUGUGCGCUCCCAGGAGCAGGAGCAGCAGCAGCAGCAACAACCCCGCCUCCCCCCCCCUCCUCGCGCUCUCAUUCCUCAGACAAGUCCCAAGGAGGAGCGGAGCACCAACACUUCUGAACCAGCCUCCACAGAAUGCAACGCAGAAUAACUCCCUUUUAAUCAGUGCUUUUAUUGGUCUUUCACGCACACGACAAGGUUUUGCUUUCUCCCGACUUCUUUUAACUUGAGGGUGACACUUUUACGCGCAGCUCGGGCGGACAGAAGUCCUCAUUGGGAGUUUGUUGGAGGCUGAAACACGGAACCAUGGAUCUCGUGGUGUUGGUGGCGUUCAGCUCCUGGUUGGCUCCUGCACUCGGAUCAGGGUUUGGCAGGGAAAUGUCGGCUUCGGCAGCAGUUGACGACAUUGACUAUGACAGCGCUUUUAAUUACGAUUAUGAAUCUCUGAGAAUCGGUGGCCUGGUUUUCGCAGUGGUCCUGUUCCUCUUGGGUAUCGCUCUCAUUGUCAGCCGGAAAUGUACCUGUUCGAAAGGAGAAAAGUCACGAUCCAAGGGUCCUGAUGCGGAAUCAGGUGUUCCAAAAGCUUAGACACAGAGACGAGGAGCAGUGGAGAUCUGUGUUACUCACUAGUGCCAGUAGGUGGCAGCAAACACCACAACCACAGCUGAAGACAAUCUUUCCAUGAUCGCAUGAAGCUUUUAUUUUUUUGUCAAUUUCACAAUGUUACUAUGCUUCUAUUUUUCCCAUUUACAUGUUUUGUAUCAGUAGAUUUUAUUCGAUAAUGUACCAACUUAAUUUUAUGUUGGCAAUAGUGUGAUUUUCAUUUGUAUUUUUUUUGUGAUUUCCAAACUGAAGCAAAAAUAAUAAAGCAAAUGUUUGAAAA